AUGUCAAAGACCAUCGCGGAAGAGAACGGGGAGGACCAGAAAAGCUACGAGAAGCUUCAGUGCUGGUGCUCUGCGGAGAAGAAGGAGAAGACGCAGACCAUCGACGAGGGAGCGGCGAAGCUGGCGGAGAUUGAGUCGUCUCUGGACAGCCUGGCGGCCUCCAGGGCUUCUCAGGAGAUCCGGAUCAAGGAGCUGCAGCAGCAGGUUGCCGAAGGGCAAGAGGCCCUGGAGAAGGCCUCUGCGGUCCGCCAGGAUCAGAAAGCGAAGUUCGACAGCUACGAAGCUGACACCACCACUUAUUUGGUUAGCUUGAAGGCAGCGAUCGGAGUGCUCACAAAAAAGGUGGGGCAGACGGCCUUGCCACAAGUGUCUGCUUUCAUGCAGAUCUUCUCGCACCCGUCGGCGGCCACGGCAAUGCCAUCAUUGGGAGAGGAGUCAGAGGCCGACUCUCUGCCGGCGGACUGGGACGACUUCAGGAAAGCGGAGGGUCCAGAGACGGAGAGGAAUCUCCGAGGAAGUGCCGAGGGGCUCGACGCCGCGCAGGGUUGGUCCGCGGAGGAAGAGGCGGCGGUGAAUCGGGGCCUCGGCGUUGCCAUGUCCUUCGCGCAGUCCGCGCAGGGGCGGAGCGUCGAGCUCUACAGUCCUGGCUCGACUGGCGAGCUCAUUGGCAUGUUCCAACAGAUGCUGUCAACCAUGGAGGAGGAUCUGAAAGAUGCACGAAACAAGGAGAACCGGGCGGCUGUGGACGCCGAGGAAUUGCGACAGGCCCGGCUCCAGGAGAUCCACCAGGCGACCAGUAUGGUGGACCUGAAGAAGCGGGAGAGGGCACACGCCAGCGAGGCGAUCGCCCUGGCCAAGGCGGACAAGAAGCAGCUCGGCAAGGUGGUGGACACAAGCCGGGAGUCUCUGGCCACGAUCAAGAAGCGCUGUGAGGACUCCGAGCGCGGGCAUCGCCAGCGCAUGGAGGCAAGGAGCCGGGAGGAUGCAGCCAUCCUCGAGACUAUCCAGGUCUUGACUGACGGUUCGACAGUGAGCUUCCUGCAGUUGACUGCGACAUCGAAGACCUCAGGUUCCGGGGCCGCGGAAGUCCUGGCCAUGACCCAGAGCGACUCUUUUGGCAAAGUCCGAGAUGCAAUCGAUGGGAUGGUCCGUGAGCUGAAACAGCAACAGCGCCUGGACGUCAAGAAGAAGGACUGGUGCAAGCAGGAGUUCUUUGAGAACCAGAAGGCUGCCAAUGCUGCAGCAGAUCACCAGACUUCCCUGGAGCUUCGGUCUUCUGAGAUGGAGUCAGACAUCAAGACUCUGCAGGGGGACUUGGACCACACCCGCCAAAAGCGAGAGGAGCUGAAAGGACAGCUGCAGACAGCUUCGGAGGAGCGUCGGGAGGAGCAGAGUGCCUUCCAAAAAACGCAGUGGGACCAACAGAUGACACUCCGCGCCCUCCGACAGGCCUUCCGGAAGCUCUCUGGUGUCUACGGACCGUCGUCCUUCCUCAGCCGGCCACGGGAGGCCGCAGGCUACCACAAGAAUCGGAUGGGUGGAACCGUGCUGAAGCUGCUGCAGACCUUAAUGGCUGACGCGCAGGACCUGGUCGACAAGGCCACGCUGGCGGAGAACCAGGCCGAGGUCAGCUAUGGUCGUUUUGUGGAGGAGACGAAAACAAUGCUGGAGUCACUUCAAGCGAACACAGUGGCAAAGUCGCGGGCGAUCGCGACAAGCAAGAAGGAUUUCCUCCAGACUGGGCAGGACGUGAGGCUGAAUGCUCAGGAGCAACACGACCUCGCAGUGCAGAAAGCUAACCUCAAGGCCCAGUGCGACUCCUUGAUCAAGAACUUUGACGAGAUCAGCAACAAGCGGCAGUCGGAGAUUGAGGCGUUGACCCAGUCGAAGGUGGUAUUGGCAGAGUGA